ACAUGUUUUCAUUUUUUCUCUCUCUCGUUACAAGACUACAAGCCUAAAAAGGAAGGAGAGGGACUUGGAAAGCACAAUCCCUGCUCUUUCAUGGUCGCUCUCUUGGCCAUUUUAGGUUCUUCUCUUUCUCUCCGUGCGUCUCGUUUUUCUCUGUCUGUUGUAUACAUUAUCUAUUCUCUUUGUUAUUUACCCCCAAUAAUCCCACAUUAGCAGCUUUCCCUCUCUCUCCUCUCGCACUGUUCCAGCUUCUAGCCACACAAAGAGAGCUCUUUCUCCCCGUAGACUUUUUGGUAGAGCUGUAUGUCAGACAGUUAAAUAACUAGGAACUCCAACCCAGGCAUCUUCUGGUUUAUCUUUCACCCUGCGCGUUUAUAACUCUUUCCACAGCUGUUUAGUUUACCAAAUUUCUUACUUCAAUAUACUUUUCAACCAGCAAUUUCCCCCGCCUCAUCUGAGAGAUUAUCCGCAAUUGGACAGCCUGGAAGUUACCAAAGACAAGAUUUUUUGCCUCUUCAGAGCUUGGUUUCUGGGUUUUCCGAGAACUUUUUGUGGGCUAUAACCUAAAGACAUCCAUGAAGUUGGCUGAGUUGAGGCAAGAAGUUAUUCCUCACAUUGCUUCUGAUGUUGAUUCUGAUAGCACAGAAGUGCAUAACACUAGAAAUCACUCGAGGGCUCUGUGUGAUGGAAUCAUCAUCAUCAUCAGGAUCAACAAAGAGGGCUCGAGCAGAUAAGAAUGGAGCCAAAGUCCCUUCAUGCUUGGUUGAUGGGUGCAAUUCAGACCUUAGUAAAUGCAGGGAUUAUCACCGACGUCAUAAAGUAUGUGAAAUCCACUCCAAGACUUCAAAGGUUACAAUCAGGGGUCAGGAACUACGGUUCUGCCAGCAGUGCAGCAGGUUCCAUUCCCUGGGGGAGUUCGACGAGGGAAAGCGAAGCUGCAGGAAACGCCUUGAUGGACACAACCGACGACGUAGGAAGCCUAAACCAGAGUCUCUGUCCCUAAAUUCAGGAAGGCUCCCCUCCAGCUUCCAAGCAGGCACCAGAAUCUUAACGUUCGGUGCUCCACAAAUAUUUCCACAAGGUCCUGUAGUGAGCUCUACUUCGCUUGGGGCUGCCAAAGCUGAGACUGAUGUUGCUGUUCUUUACAAUGGCUAUCGGCAGUUGAACUUUCGCGAUAGCUCCAUUCCGGAUUCUUUGUGCCACAAUUACAGAGGAGGAAAACAGCUUCUCUUUUCACAAGGCUCUAGUUCCUCCUUCCCUGGAGCAUCUGUGUACCAACUGCAUCCGGGUGCUAAUUUUGCAUCCAGCAACACUAGCAGCAGCCAGAAAGUGUUCCAUAAUGAAUUAAACCGAGUAGUUGACUCUGACUGUGCUCUCUCUCUUCUGUCAUCAUCACCAGCUGAGACUCGGCAGGUUGGUUUGAGCCAAAUGGUGCAGUUCAACCCGAUCCCUUCAGCUCAGUCCUUGGUCCCCAGUCUGCACUAUAAUGGUUUAGGAAUGGAGGGUAAGACUGUUUCUUCUGCUUUGGUUGAUGACUGCAACAGCAAUGCAAACGUCCAUUGCCAGGGUAUGUUUUCGAUUGUGCCUCAUGGAUCAUCUGUAACCGGACCGCACCAGACACAUUCCUUCUUGUGGGAGUAGUAUAUCCCAUUUCUACCUCCUUUGUGAUCGCUGAAGUAGAGCUUUUAUUAGCCAGGUGAAUCAGACAUGAGAUAUCUACUAUGUUUCUGAAAUGUUAGCUUUUUAUGUUGUAAGAAUUGAUGGUCACUGAAAAAUAGGGGAUUAUAUAACGUUAUAUGUGCAUAUGUAUGCUGUUAGAAUUUAAUCACAAUAAUCGACUAUUUUCAUAGCA